UUUGAAAGUGCUAUUAGACAAAUUAUUAUAGUUUCUCACAGAUCUCAAAUUAUUUGGGAUAUAGGUGUCUUAGAGACGAAACUUGAUAAUGUGUCAAAGUGAAUUCUUCCAUUCCAUAUUCUUAACGGUCGAAGUGAACUCUUUUCAAAAUUAAGUGCGCUGGUUAAUUACUAAUUAGAUUCUAAUUAUAGGUAUGGGGGGACCGUCCGAAGUACUUGGGCCCAUUCUCGGAUCAAACUCCUUCGUACCUCACCGGAGAAUUUCCCCGCGACUAUGGGUGGGACACUGCCGGAAUAUCUGCCGAUCCAGAGACAUUCGCCGAGAACCGUGAACUCGAAGUGAUUCAUUCCAGAUGGGCCACGCUUGGUGCUCUGGGCUGCGUCUUCCCCGAAAUCCUUUUAAAGAACGGUGUCAAGUUCGGCGAGGCAGUUUGGUUCAAGGCCGGAGCCUUCUCCUAAGGUGGGCUUGACUACCUUGGCAACCCAAACCUCAUUCACGCCCAAAGUAUUCUUGCAAGAUAGGCUUUCCAGGUCGUGUUAAUGGGCUUUGUUGAAGGGUACAUAGUGGGUGGAGGCCCAUUAGGUGAAGGACUGGACCCAAUUUACCCAGGGGGAGCUUUUGACCCAUUCGGCCUUGCGGAUGACCCAGAAGUCUUUGCGGAAUUGAAGGUUAAGGAGACCAAGAAUGGACGGCUUGCAAUGUUUGGAUUCUUUGUUCAGGCUAUUGUGACAGGGAAGGGACCGAUUGAGAAUGUUUUCGAUCAUGUGGCAGAUCCAGUGGCCAAUAACGCUUGGGCUUAUGCCACCAACUUUGUCCCUGGAAAAUGAAGAUAAUGAUCAGCUACUAUCAAGUUUUAAUGUUGUAGUGAACAUUAUUGUACAAUCUUUAGUUUCUGCUUUGUGAUCAAAAUCAGCAUUGUUUGUCGGAAAACUCCGAAACAAACAACUUCGA